AAGUCCUUGGAAUCUCUUAUUAGUUUCUUUAAUGGUAAGUUAUUAACAAUUAAACUUGUUCUUAACUCCUGUUAAUUCUCUUCAUCUGACACGUCCAAUUUCCUUGAUGACCAUUUCAUACAUACAAAAUUUUCACCGUAAGCCUGACUAUUCCCACAUACUUUGUUUUCAUUAGAGAUACGAAUCCUACAAGUGUACACCUCAGAUGCCUGUUAAGAAUGAUCUAAGGGUAUUUUGAAGUAUUAGAUUACAAUUAAAUUAUUGAAUCAAGUUGUAGUUUUCAACUCUUUACAGAGCUAUUUAGCCGUACAUACAUGUAUUCUUCCUUCUUCAAUUAUAUAUGAGGCUGUAAAGGUUCCUUAAUUUGUAAAGAUUUUUCCUUCCAAGUGACUGAAUAUUCUAGUAGGUCGGCACAGAGAUACCAGUACCUAAGAAAUGGGAAACUGCACGUCCUGUGUAACUUCUGAUAUUCAAGUGCACGAGUAUGGUUCACAUGAAAAUGCGUUGCAGAUUCAAGCCGCGGUUGAUGGCAAUGUAAGGCAUAAGGUAGGUUCUGUCCACUCUCAUCAAGGAGCCAAAGGUGUCAACCAAGAUUCUGCUAUUCUAUACCAGGGGUAUGGGAUGGAAGAUGGAGAAUUAUGUGCCGUUUUUGAUGGGCACGGAAGCAAUGGGCACAUAGUGAGUAGGGUAGCAAGGAACCAGUUGCCGUCAUUACUACUGAACCAAAGGAAAUUUAUGGAAUGGGAUCAGGCUUUUGUCAGUGCUUUCAAAGCAUUGGACAAGGAGAUUAAGCUGCUGGAGACUGUGGAUUGUUCUUUUAGUGGAAGUACUGCUGUGGUUGUUGUUAGACAGGGUGAAGAUCUUGUUAUAGCCAAUCUUGGAGAUUCCAGGGCUGUCCUUGGAACAUCAACUGAAAACGGCAUCCAAGCUACUCAACUGACGGAGGAUUUGAAGCCUGAUGUACCUGGUGAAGCUGAUCGUAUUAAGAAAGCUAAUGGUAGGGUGUUUGCUCAUGAGAGUCAACCACACAUCCAGCGUGUGUGGUUACCAAAUGAGGAUAUCCCAGGUCUUGCCAUGUCUCGAGCUUUUGGAGAUUUUGAUAUGAAGAACUGUGGAAUUAUUGCCACCCCUGUGGUCACUCAUAGGCGUUUAACGUCUAAAGACCAAUUUCUUGUGCUGGCUUGUGAUGGGGUGUGGGAUGUGCUGAGCAACGAUGAAGUUGUAUCAGUUGUGGUGUCAACAAAGAACAAAGAAGCAGCUGCAAAAGCAGUAGUAGACGAAGCCCAUGCUGCUUGGAAGCGAAAAUUUCCUUUAGCCAAGAUCGAUGAUUGUACAGUGGUGUGCCUGUUCCUGGAGGAUAGAGAAGACAGUCUUUUCACUCCUACAACUUGAGUUUACACACACU